AUGAUGAGAAAAAAUAAAGGUCGUCAAAAAAUAAAGAUGGCGAAAAUGAAAAAUGAAAGUAAUCUCCAAGUUACUUUCUCAAAACGAAAAUCUGGUCUUUUCAAAAAAGCUAGUGAGCUUUGCACACUUUGUGGCACAGAAAUUGUUGUUAUUGUAUUUUCACCUGGCCGAAAAGUUUUUUCUUUUGGCCAUCCAAAUGUUGAUGUUGUAAUUGAUCGCUUCUUAAAUAUUAAUCCACGGCAUCCUCACCAAAACAUCAAUUUGCAACUUAAUGAAGCCCGUCAAAAUUAUGUUGUACAAGAUCUCAACGAUCAUCUUGCUCAGGUAACAGAGCAAUUGGAAGUAGAAAAAAAGAGAAAUGAAGACUUGAAGCAAAAGAGAAAAGAUGAUAAGAGGUCCAAGAAUUGGUGGGAAGACCCUGUAGAAGGAUUCAACUUACGUCAACUCACUGAAUUCAAAUCUGGUUUGAAAAUUUUGAAAAAGAAAGUAACAACUGAAGCCUCCAAGUAUCUUCAAGCAACUGGUCAUAACUUCUAUUUUGGAAGUUCUAGUAAUGCUGGUUUUGGAACUUUUGAUGAUGAUGAGGGUAAUAACAACAGUGACUUGGACCUAUUUAAUCAUCGAAGAUUGGUGGGUAUGAAAACGUUCUCGUGCAAUCAUCAAAACAUGAUCAUUCCUCAUCCUUCUACAACACCGUAUGGGAAUGCUGUCAUCGAAAGGUUUGCUCCAGAACACAACCAAAACAAGAACCAAUAUUGUCUUAAGCAAGAACGUUGCGAAUGUGACCAUCAACCUGAUCCUCCUCCUCACUUUCGACAUCAUUACUAUUAA